AUGGCGCCCGGAGCCACCUGGCUGACAAAAGUCAAGGUCCAGCUGAAGCUGGCCAUUGCGCGCCUGCGCAUGGUGCAGCAGCGCGAUGAGCAGCUGGGCAAGACGCAGCGACGCGCAAUGGCGCAACUCCUCGAGUCCGGAAAAGUCGACUCCGCCACGAUCCGCGUCGAGAACAUUAUCCGCUCCGAUAUUAUUAGCGAGCUGCACGAAAUGCUGGAACUAUAUUGCGAAUUGCUGCUAGCGCGCUCUGGCCUUAUGGAAGGUGUGCCGGUCGACCCCGGUCUUGAAGAGGCAAUCCAGAGCAUCAUCUACGCAGCGCCCAAGACAGAGAUCAAAGAGCUUGCAACAGUUAGACAGCUGCUCGCAGAAAAGUACGGCAAGGAAUUUGUGCUGGCAGCGACAGAGAAUGCCGAGGGCAAGGUCAAUGAAAAGGUGGUCAAGAAGCUGAGCGUGGAGCCGCCGCGCAAAGAGCUGGUGCAGGGCUACCUGGAAGAGAUUGCGAGGGCGUACGGCGUCGACUGGCCGAAGCGAGAGAAGCCAUCGCCACCACCAGAGUACCAGGAUGACGACGAAAACUCCUCGGGCGGGCAGGCACAAAAGGUACUCGAGGUACCCAUAGAGGCAGAGCAAAAAUCGUUGUCCACGGGUGACGGGAAAGUCGCAGCGCCAGCGAGACCAAAGCCAGCAGAUCUAGAUGAUGCUACAAGUCCGCUCCUCGUGACACCGCCCCGACCGACGACAGAUAAUGUACACCCCAAGGUGACAAUGGGGUCGGUAGAGCUGAAGCCUAGUGCGAGGAGAGGCAGCGCUACGAAGAAGGGCGAGCCAGAGGGCUCCGUCCCGGACGUUUCUGACCUGGAGGCGAGAUUUGCGGCACUCAAGAAACGGUGA